AUGGCUGUGCAUGCAAGUGCACCAGCACCACAUGCAGGUGUUGGUGACAAGAAGCACUUCAUUGUCGGCGGAGUGGGUGGGUUUGGUGGCAUUGGGUGGAUCGGGAAGUUCGGUGGAAUCGGUGGUGGCUUUGGCAAGUUUGGCCACUUUGGUGGAGUGGCUGGUGGAAUUGGAGGAGGGAUUGGAAAGUUUGGUGGGAUCGGAGGAGGGAUUGGAAAGGCUGGCGGAAUUGGUGGUGCUGCCGGAAUUGGAGGCUUUCACGGAAUUGGUGGUGGUGUUGGCGGCGGAGUUGGCGGUGUUGGUGGUGGUGUUGGAGGUUUAGGAGGUGCCGCUGGUGGAAUUGGAGGUGCUGGUGGUGCCGGAGGCAUUGGAGGCUUAGGUGGUGGUGUCGGAGGCUUAGGUGGUGCCGGUGGUGGUGUUGGAGGCAUAGGUGGUGCCGGUGGUGGCGUUGGAGGCUUAGGUGGUGCCGGUGGUGGCAUUGGUGGCGCUGGUGGAGGGGUUGGAGGUUUGGGUGGUGCAGGUGGUGUUGGAGGCUUAGGUGGUGGGGGAGGAGGCUUAGGUGGUGGAGCUGCCGGUGGAGCUGGUGGCGGCAUCGGCGGUUUGGGUUGUGGUAGUGGUAUCUUUCACCAUUGUCCUUAG